CCUAAUAUAUAACGAGGAGGAGGUCUCGCAUUUCCAGGGCUUCACUUCUCCCGCCGCCUUCUCUUCUCUUCUCUUCUCGCCGAUCUCUUGCCUCUUAACGAUCCGUUCGCUUUUGUUUGAAGGAAGGAGCGUAGAAGUGAAAGCAGGAGAAAUCCACCAGAGCAAUGAGCAAGUUGCAGAGCGACGUUUUGAGGGAAGCAAUCUCUCAGCUGACGAAUGCUUCUCGGGAGAAGAAGCGUAAUUUUACUGAAACCAUUGAGCUGCAGAUUGGUCUGAAGAACUAUGACCCCCAAAAGGACAAGCGUUUCAGUGGGUCUGUGAAGUUACCUCAUAUCCCUCGUCCAAAAAUGAAGGUUUGCAUGCUUGGUGAUGCUCAGCAUGUUGAGGAGGCAGAGAAAAUAGGGCUUGACUAUAUGGAUGUUGAAGCACUAAAAAAGAUGAACAAAAACAAGAAGCUGGUCAAAAAGCUUGCUAAGAAGUACCAUGCUUUCCUAGCAUCAGAAGCAAUCAUUAAGCAGAUUCCUCGUCUUCUUGGUCCUGGUCUCAAUAAAGCAGGGAAGUUUCCCACAUUGGUGACUCAUCAGGAAUCUCUGGAAGGAAAAGUUAAUGAGACAAAAGCAAUGGUGAAAUUUCAGCUCAAGAAAGUUUUGUGCAUGGGUGUUGCUGUGGGUAAUUGUGCAAUGGAGGAGAAGCAGAUCUUUCAGAAUGUGCAACUCAGUGUCAACUUUCUUGUGUCAUUGUUGAAGAAGAAUUGGCAAAAUGUGAGGUGUUUGUACCUGAAGAGCACCAUGGGUAAGCCAUAUCGAGUAUUCUAAGUAGUUCUUUAGCUCGGCUGGUAAUCUGUGACUAGGGAAUACUCGGUUAUCAUUUUGUUUGUUCAGGUCUUGUUAUCAACAUCUGUGAGUUUUUAAUCCAAAGUUUUGUUUCUUAUGGUCUUAAGGAGAUUUUGGUGUUUGGUAUCUCUUAAAACUUAUGAUGGAAUGCAUUGUUAUGAAUUUCGGUUCAUUGGUUUUGAUUUGAGAAGAUCAAAGUGAAUGAAUUCUUCAUCUCCA